AUGUCCGUCCCCAUCCGAAUUUUCUGUCUGAUCGAAGGCGAUGACCAUUCGAAAAACAUUUUCUCUGUCAAAAUUUCCAAGGACGAGCUCAUUGAAGCACUCAAAGUAGCCAUCAAAGAUGCAAAGCCGAACAUACUGGCUCACGUUGACGCAGACCAGCUCGAGCUAUGGAAGGCCAACAUUCCCUUCGGGGUGAAGUCCAGCAGCAUUCAGAGCCUUCCUGCUACGAAUAAUUUACUCGCGAUAAGCCAGAUUUCUGAUUACUGGCCCGGUGAGAUACCUCCGAAUAGUAUCCACGUUCUCAUUGAACGCCCUACUACUACCGCUCACACACCCAGCACUUUAAUGGUUGAACUUACUAAAACAAUGAACCAAAUGAAUUUGACUAUGCAAAGUGUGCAAAACACUUUGCAAGUUGCCAAUCCAAAGAUGCCUGAUUAUUUACAGAGCACUCAGACCCAUGCUCAGCAUUAUAAUUUACAAUUUAAGCACCAGGUCCAUACUGGUUACACCCUUGAUGAAUUCUAUGCACACAAUUGGCUGCCCUCUGACCUUGUGGAUGGUAUUUCUUCAAAAUACCUUAAAAAUUACUAUAAUGCAAGAAAGAAAGGAAAAUUUGCUAGAAUGGAUGAAAAGGCACUUACUGGAUGGCUUACCACAUGGCUUCGUGGGAUAUGCAAAUCCAUCACGAAGGAAAUACGUGUGCUUAAUACCAGUAAUAAUGACUAUUUAGAUGGCAACAAGCCAGAUAUCUCAGUUCUUCCUAACCAUUUGGCACCACAUCCACGGACUGUCCUUUUCUGUUUUGAAGUGAAGCUGAAGAAUCCUCACCUUCCAGAAUCCAUGAUGCAGAUCAUAGACUACCUAAUUGUAAUGCUUAAAGCACAGCCAAGCCUCAAUGAUGUUAUUGGUGCCUUGAUAACAUCUACAACACUUAUUAUUCUUCGUAUGGAACCUGGGUUCAACACUCCUAUCUAUGCCUGCACUUGUGAACUCAUGCCUGAAGAUUGGAAACCUAAUGAUGUUACACCCCCUCCUCUCAUUGCACUGCAACAGAUUUUUAGCAGGGCAGCCUCCUCCAACUCUGUGAACAAUGAUUUGAUUAAAAUCUGUCAGCAUCUGGGAGUGAAUGAAAUGGAACAUAUAGGCUAUGGCUCUACAAGCAUUGUCUAUAAAGCAAAUGUCAAUGGGAAUUUAGUGGCUGUAAAGGUCUUCAAAUCAAAUGUUUUGCAGGAAGACAUUGACAAGGAGGCUUCCAUACUUCAACAACUGCAUUUUCCAAAUAUUUUACAACUGGUAGAAGCAGGUCAACAGUGGAUCACAUUACAACCUUUAUGUAUCACUUCAUGUCUUCUCUGCCCAGACAAGUUUGAAAAACAUCAAUGGAUUGAGGCUCUGAUGGCUUUAAAAUAUCUGCAUGAACAAGGCCUUGUUCAUUGUGAUAUAAGACCUGAGAACAUCAUGUUGGAUGGCAGUGGUAAAUUGCAACUUUUGGAUGUGGGUAGUGUUGUGAAGAAGAGUAGAACUUUGUAUCUAGGCACAAUCCGAUUUGCAAGCCAAAGUAUUCUGAAACAACUAUUAGAAUCAACAGACUUAUCUAUUGAUGUACAGCCAUCAGAUGACCUCUCACUCAUCUAUGUUGCUAGAUGGUGUGACAUGGCACUUGAAUGCAGAAACAAACUCCUUACUUUUGAUACAAAGAAAAAUCUACAGAAUAUGUUGGAGUUCUGGAAGAUAGAGACAGUGAACUAUGAAAAGUUUAUUGAAGAGGCACAAAUGGAGAACCACACUGGCCUCAUACACCUGUUUUUCUCAAAAUGGCACUGA